AUGCCAGACCGGAUAUCGCGACUGAAGGCCAAACUGUUUGGACGAUUAUCUCCAAAAGCGGAUACGGAUCCGAGUGUCCACCCUGCCAACUCCAAAUCCCCGGAUAGCAGUGGCUCUGCGACUGUCAACCUAGACACUCAGGUUCUCUCAGCUUCGUCUGCCUCUGCCUCUGCCUCUGCGUCGGCGUCGGCGUUGGCCUUGGUUCCAGUGUCAGAGUCGGUGUCUGCUUCGGAACAACUUCAUCGCGAAGGCACUCGUGACUGCACACCAUCAUUGACGGAGCCGUAUAAUUCUUCCUUACCUACACCUUUAUCAGUCGACCCCCCAUCUCCCCUUGCAACCCCUCUACCGACUCAGCAUUCCGACAACACCUCCUUUCACUCUACGAACCAGAAGGCCGCAGUCCCGCCCGAGCCCCAAUUGACCCCAACCCUCAACACCGUGAUCGAGUGGCCUACGAAUGACCAACCCUCUGUUCCCUACUUUACACCCUCGCCGAGCAAACGCCCGAGCCUUGCGAUCCGCCGUCAGUCUCUUCUCCCGGCGACACAUCAGCACUUGAUCAGUGGGCUUUUGGAAGCCAGCCUCUUCUCCAAAGGCGAUCAAGGCAGUGGUCCAAUCCCCACCGUUCCUCGCGAGAUGGUACAACGUCGGAUCUGGGUCAAGCGACCCGGUGGUUCGGCCACACUGGUGCCAUGCAUGGAGGAUGCUGUGGUCGACGAGCUGCGCGACCAGGUCAUCAUGAAGUAUGUGAACUCAUUGGGCAGAAGCUUCGACUCGCCCGACAUCGUGAUUCGAAUUGCGCCCCGCGAGGGUUCAAAUGGACAGGCCCACCCUGAACGUCUCUUGAGUCCCGAGGAAGGCCUGGCCUCCAUUCUCGACUCGUACUAUCCUGGUGGGCAGCGAAUCGAGGAGGCAUUGAUGAUCGAUGCGCCGACCCGCCGGACUCCGAAGCCAUCGCCGCGUCAUGCAGCCUACUCGCAUCACCAUGAACCUGGCGAGCACGGCGAUUACUUCCCUUUAAUGCCACCGAAUCCCAACGUGGGAACACCCUCCUCACACCCGACAGCUGCGCCGGCAACAGUCGGUGCACCUUCGAUCUCCAUUCUCAGCACGGGCUCUGCUCCUCAGUUGCCAUCACCAGGAAAUCGCAGAACUCGACAUCGACCACCGCUGACCAGACACAAAACCAACUCACCCACAGUCCAUUCACAAAGUGCAGGCUUGAUAGAAACCACGUCCCAUUCCCAGCCUCACUCUACUGUCUCCGUUCCCGCAGUGCCAACACCCCCAGCACCGCCGGCGGUUGAGUCCCCCCAGGCCAAAGCAAAGUCACACACCCCUCCCGCCGUUUCCUCGCCGCGAUCUACUCGAAAAUCAAAAGCAGCCACAUCCCCAUCUGCCGUGUUUGGGGGUUUGAUUGAUGGCACAGUCCCACCAAUCAAUGUCCUCAUCGUGGAAGAUAAUAUCAUCAACCAAAAGCUUCUGGAGGCGUUCAUGAAGAGACUGAAAGUUCGCUGGAAGUGCGCAGCGAACGGUGAAGAAGCAGUGCGUAAAUGGAGGCAGGGUGGAUUCCAUCUGGUCCUGAUGGAUAUCCAACUGCCUGUCAUGAACGGAUUGGAUGCAACCAAGGAGAUUCGGCGUCUCGAGCGGCUGAAUGGAAUUGGAGUCUUCCCCAAGACAGCCUCGGGACGUGCCAGUGCGUCUAAUGCAUCUGCGGCAGAUAGAAGACCUGGUCUUCAUCGUACCCUCAGCGUAGAGGAUACUCUGCCUGACCUCUCAUUAUUCCGCAGUCCAGUCAUUAUUGUCGCACUCACAGCAAGUAGUUUGCAAAGUGAUCGACACGAGGCAUUGGCAGCUGGCUGUAAUGACUUCCUGACCAAGCCCGUUGGAUUCCCCUGGUUAGAACAGAAAGUCACAGAAUGGGGCUGCAUGCAAGCGUUGAUUGACUUUGAAGGCUGGCGCAAAUGGCGUGGGUUCCAGGACUCCCCUGUCCCCACCUCCCCAGCCAUCGAUUCAGCAGCCAGUCCAAUGCAGGGUGGUCACUUGAAAGAGAUUCCUCAAGAAGACCCCCCUUCACCCUCCAGCUCUCGUUCAGCUCAAAAGUCAGCUGAAGCCCCAUCCAGACCCCGCUUUGUGGACAAUGCUGUCCUGCAGGAAGAUUCAUGGGGAAGCGGCAGUCCAGACAGCCUUGAUUCACCCUCGAGUCCACAGCUGGACACACCGACCGAUGCUACACCGGCGAGUGAUACCAGAGAUGGACCUGAAUGA